AGGUAUGCUGUACGAACGAAGCAGGUAGGAGGAGCAGUUUCUAGGCUAUGACGGGGUAGAAGGUGGAGGUCGGGGACUACCAUGCAGGGGAACGGGAAAAGACAUGACCUCCUUGGCUCUUCCUUCCCGUCCCCUUCGUUUCUCUGCUUUCCUCAUUAUCUCCUCAUCCUGCUCAUGGCUCUGAGGUGCCCCCGGGAAUCACUAUCUGCAUGUUCGAGCGAUGCGCAAGUACAGAUUCUUCGCCCAUCUUCGGGAGACGUCGUAUUCGAUCCUGCUCCUGAGCUUGAACUCAGUGCGAUCAUUCGUGACGAUGGGGUAGAGGAUUACCAUCAAAUUAGAGUCUUGCUCGACGGAAACUAUGUCAUCGAGCUCCCUCUAUCAGCAGGACAGGUGCAACUUUCAGGAUUGAAGAACGGACUGCACAACGUCCAUGUGCAGAUGGUGUGCAAAGGAAGCGAAGUGGCAAGCUCAACGUCACUCUUUAUUUACAUGACACCCGAAGACGACAAAGGGGAUGCGGACGAAUGGCAGCUGUCCUGGGUGAAAUCUUUGGAUUACAAGCAUCGUCUUCGGAUGAUCUAUGAUGCUUUCAAGACGAUCGCCCAGAGGCAUCAAGAGGAGGUACAGGACCUGCGAUCUCAACUGGAAGAAUGCCGGCAGGGGCAAAAGCAGGAGCUGUAGGUUGCACUGCUUACGUAUUGCCUAACAUGUCUCCUUGUGACGUUGGAUGAUUUUGAUUGUUCAGUUCAUCGCUCACUUGAAAAUAGAAUAAUGAUGUGAUACUAU